AUGAUGGAGGAACAAAACGUACAAGUGGCGGAUAACGAUCUCAAAAUACUCUCAAUCGAUGGAAUGAAGCAAUUUUUUACUUGUUCCGUUCGGCAAAGAAUAUUCUUUCUAGUUUUAUUAUUUACGAUAUUGGCUACGAAAUUUCUAUUCACUCAAGAACAAGGACUAUUAUUCCGGAUCAUACCGUCAACAACAACAACAACAACAACUACUACUACUACUACUACUACUACCACCACACAGGAUACAAAACGAGUCUAUCCGUGUCUUAGAAGUAAAAACGCUAUUCAGACAAGUUUUCUUGGUUCUCGUUCUUUCUGUAUCCAUCUGUUAUCCAACGAUAUCGUUUCUAAUUCUAUUGCGAGUUCUCAUUCAUGGAUGCCACAUCAAACUAGACUAAUGGCAUCUCUUCUAGCUGGCGCUCCGUCGAAGCCUGCUGUUUUCUUAGACAUUGGUGCUAACAUUGGAUGGUUCACUUUAGUCAUGGCAACACUUGGUCAUGAAGUCAUUGCCAUAGAACCAAUGAGUCGUAAUAUAGAAUUGUUGAGAGCAUCAUUACAAGCAUCUAAAAUAUCACAGAACGUUAUUGUACAUCCUAAUGGUCUUGGUGUCAAACCAAGCGUGUGUAUACUCUACAGUGAUAAUCGUAAUGUCGGUGAUGGGCAUACGAUAUGUGACAUCACAUCCGAGAAAGAGGCCAUUGGCCGUAUACCUGGAGGUUAUUCACUCAGACAAGUUAUUAACAGUACACGACUUGAUACUCUAGUUAAUCAGAAUAUUGAUGUGAUGAAAAUCGAUGUCGAAGGAUCAGAAUUAUAUGCAGUACAAAGUGGCAUUCGUUUAUUUGAUAAGUAUGAAGUUCGACACGUCGUAUCGGAAUUCAGUCCUCGAAUGAUGCGAGAGAAGAGAACAUUCUUUCGUAUUUCUUCAUCAUUGGAUAAAAACAAAAAUAUAACAUCAUUACACAUAAACCACACUCAUUUCGUAGUCAUCAAGCACAAUGAGUGA